CGCUGCCCGCCCCCGGGCCCGCCGGGCCUGCGCCGUAGCCCCCGUCUCUGGAGCCAUGGCGGGCGCCACGACCCCCUGCGCCAAUGGCUGCGGGCCCGGCGCGCCCUCCGAUGCCGAGGUGUUGCACCUCUGCCGCAGCCUCGAGGUGGGCACCGUCAUGACUUUGUUCUACUCCAAGAAGUCGCAGCGGCCGGAACGGAAGACCUUCCAGGUCAAACUGGAGACGCGCCAGAUCACGUGGAGCCGCGGCGCCGACAAGAUCGAGGGGGCCAUUGAUAUUCGUGAAAUCAAAGAGAUCCGCCCAGGGAAGACUUCUCGAGACUUUGACCGCUACCAAGAAGACCCUGCUUUCCGGCCAGACCAGUCACACUGCUUUGUCAUCCUCUAUGGAAUGGAAUUCCGCCUGAAGACCCUAAGCCUGCAAGCCACAUCUGAGGAUGAAGUGAACAUGUGGAUCAAGGGCUUAACUUGGCUGAUGGAGGACACAUUGCAGGCAGCCACACCCCUGCAGAUUGAGAGGUGGCUCCGGAAACAGUUCUACUCAGUGGACCGGAACCGUGAGGAUCGUAUAUCAGCCAAGGACCUGAAGAACAUGUUGUCACAAGUCAAUUAUCGGGUCCCCAACAUGCGCUUCCUCCGAGAACGGCUGACGGACCUGGAACAGCGCAGCGGGGACAUCACCUAUGGACAGUUUGCUCAGCUGUACCGCAGCCUCAUGUACAGCGCACAGAAGACGAUGGACCUCCCCUUCUUGGAAGCCAGCACUUUGAGAACUGGGGAGCGGCCAGAGCUCUGUCGGGUAUCUCUUCCCGAGUUCCAGCAGUUUCUCCUUGAGUACCAGGGGGAACUAUGGGCAGUUGACCGCCUUCAGGUGCAGGAAUUCAUGCUCAGUUUCCUCAGAGACCCCUUGCGAGAGAUUGAGGAACCAUACUUCUUUUUGGAUGAGUUUGUUACCUUUCUGUUCUCCAAAGAGAACAGUGUGUGGAACUCCCAGCUGGAUGCCGUGUGCCCAGACACCAUGAACAACCCUCUCUCCCACUACUGGAUCUCGUCCUCGCAUAACACGUACCUGACUGGGGACCAGUUCUCCAGCGAAUCCUCACUGGAAGCUUAUGCUCGCUGCCUGAGGAUGGGCUGUCGCUGCAUUGAGUUGGAUUGCUGGGACGGCCCAGAUGGGAUGCCAGUCAUUUACCACGGGCAUACCCUUACCACCAAGAUCAAGUUCUCAGAUGUCCUGAACACAAUCAAGGAGCAUGCUUUCGUGGCCUCAGAGUACCCAGUCAUCCUGUCCAUUGAGGACCACUGCAGCAUUGCCCAGCAGAGGAACAUGGCCCAGUACUUCAAGAAGGUGCUUGGGGACACACUCCUCACCAAGCCUGUGGACAUUGCCGCUGAUGGGCUCCCCUCACCCAACCAGCUCAAAAGGAAGAUUCUUAUUAAGCACAAGAAGCUGGCCGAGGGCAGUGCCUAUGAGGAAGUGCCUACUUCUGUGAUGUACUCUGAGAAUGACAUCAGCAACUCCAUCAAGAAUGGCAUCCUCUACCUGGAAGACCCUGUGAACCAUGAAUGGUAUCCCCACUACUUCGUUCUGACCAGCAGCAAGAUCUACUACUCUGAGGAGACAAGCAGUGACCAGGGCAAUGAGGAUGAAGAGGAGCCAAAGGAGGCCAGUGGGAGCACAGAACUGCACUCCAAUGAGAAGUGGUUCCAUGGGAAGCUCGGGGCUGGACGAGAUGGGCGGCACAUUGCUGAGCGCCUCCUCACCGAGUACUGCAUUGAGACCGGGGCUCCUGAUGGCUCCUUCCUAGUGCGAGAAAGCGAGACCUUUGUGGGCGACUACACACUGUCUUUCUGGCGGAAUGGGAAAGUCCAGCACUGCCGUAUCCACUCUCGACAGGAUGCCGGUACCCCCAAGUUCUUCUUGACAGAUAACCUUGUCUUUGACUCCCUCUAUGACCUCAUCACACACUAUCAGCAGGUGCCACUUCGCUGCAAUGAGUUUGAGAUGCGCCUUUCAGAGCCUGUUCCACAGACAAAUGCCCACGAGAGCAAAGAGUGGUACCAUGCAAGCCUGUCGAGAGCUCAGGCUGAACACAUGCUGAUGCGUGUACCACGUGAUGGGGCUUUCCUGGUGCGGAAACGGAAUGAGGCCAACUCAUACGCUAUCUCCUUCCGGGCUGAGGGAAAGAUAAAGCACUGCCGAGUCCAGCAGGAGGGCCAAACUGUGAUGCUGGGGAACUCCGAGUUCGACAGCCUUGUCGACCUCAUCAGCUACUACGAGAAGCACCCCCUGUACCGCAAAAUGAAGUUGCGCUACCCCAUCAACGAGGAGGCACUGGAGAAGAUUGGCACAGCAGAGCCUGAUUACGGGGCACUGUAUGAAGGCCGCAACCCUGGCUUCUAUGUGGAGGCAAACCCCAUGCCAACUUUCAAGUGUGCAGUCAAAGCCCUCUUUGACUACAAGGCCCAGAGAGAGGAUGAGCUGACCUUCACCAAGAGUGCCAUCAUCCAGAAUGUAGAGAAGCAAGAUGGUGGCUGGUGGCGAGGGGACUAUGGUGGGAAGAAGCAGCUGUGGUUCCCUUCAAACUACGUGGAAGAGAUGAUCAGCCCAGCAGCCCUGGAGCCAGAGAGGGAGCACCUGGACGAGAACAGCCCCCUGGGGGACUUGCUGCGGGGGGUCUUGGAUGUGCCAGCCUGUCAGAUUGCCAUUCGUCCUGAGGGCAAGAACAACCGGCUGUUCGUGUUCUCCAUCAGCAUGGCAUCAGUGGCUCACUGGUCCCUAGAUGUUGCAGCUGACUCGCAGGAGGAGUUGCAGGACUGGGUGAAAAAGAUCCGGGAAGUGGCCCAGACUGCAGAUGCCAGGCUUACUGAGGGGAAGAUGAUGGAACGGAGGAAGAAGAUCGCCUUGGAGCUUUCUGAGCUCGUGGUCUACUGCCGGCCUGUUCCGUUUGAUGAAGAGAAGAUUGGCACAGAACGAGCCUGUUACCGGGACAUGUCAUCCUUUCCGGAAACCAAAGCUGAGAAGUACGUGAACAAGGCCAAAGGCAAGAAGUUCCUCCAGUACAAUCGCCUGCAGCUCUCCCGCAUCUACCCCAAGGGCCAGCGACUGGACUCCUCCAAUUACGAUCCUCUGCCCAUGUGGAUCUGUGGCAGUCAGCUUGUGGCUCUCAAUUUCCAGACCCCAGACAAGCCUAUGCAGAUGAACCAGGCCCUCUUCAUGGCCGGUGGACACUGUGGCUACGUGCUGCAGCCAAGCACCAUGAGAGAUGAAGCCUUUGACCCCUUUGACAAGAGCAGCCUCCGAGGACUGGAGCCCUGUGUCAUCUGCAUUGAGGUGCUGGGGGCCCGGCAUCUGCCAAAGAAUGGCCGAGGCAUUGUGUGUCCUUUUGUGGAGAUUGAGGUGGCUGGAGCAGAGUAUGACAGCACCAAGCAAAAAACAGAGUUUGUAGUGGACAAUGGGCUGAACCCUGUGUGGCCAGCCAAGCCCUUCCACUUCCAUAUCAAUAACCCUGAAUUUGCCUUCCUGCGCUUUGUGGUGUAUGAAGAAGACAUGUUUAGUGACCAGAACUUCUUAGCUCAGGCUACUUUCCCAGUGAAAGGCCUGAAGACAGGCUAUAGAGCAGUGCCUCUGAAAAACAACUACAGUGAAGACCUGGAGUUGGCCUCCCUGCUCAUCAAGAUUGACGUUUUCCCUGCCAAGCAGGAGAACGGUGACCUCAGUCCCUUUGGUGGUACAUCCCUGCGGGAACGGGUCUCUGAUGCCUCAAGCCAGCUGUUUCAUGGGCGGGCUCGGGAAGGCUCCUUUGAAGCCCGCUAUCAACAGCCAUUUGAAGACUUCCGCAUCUCCCAGGAGCAUCUCGCAGAUCAUUUUGACAGUCGAGAACGAAGGGCCCCAAGAAGGACUCGGGUCAACGGAGACAACCGCCUCUAGUUGUGCCCCCACCAUGGAGAGUAGCAGGUGCUGCGUGCCUUGUGGAGUGCCAUGAACUGAGUUUUCUGGGAGCGGCCUGCUGUGGCAGCUUCCUGGUCUCGCAGCCUGGAGCCUGGAUUCCAGUGAUGAAUGCUAGAGAAAACCAAGCCAUUAAUGAGAUGUAUUGUUUGGGGCCUCCAUGCCCAGCUGUGGGUGAAGGCAAAAUACUGUACUGUGUCUCGCAUUAAGCACACACAUCUGGCCCUGACUUUGAAGGUGGGGUCCUCCAUCUUUUGGGACCAGGACCUGGGCCGAAGCCCCUUGAAGAGAGAAGCCGCCUCAGCCAGUGGCAUAGGUGGCUUCAAGGAGCUGCUGACAUUCCUGAGUGGAAGAGGAGGAAGAGCCUUACUGGGCCAGGGAAACAAAAGUUUACAUUGUCCUGUAGCUUUAUAACCACAGCUGGUCAGGGUGAGAGGGUAGAUGCCCCCACAGUUUGGCCCUGGAGUCAGGACAGAGGAAUGCAGGGCCUGUUUAGAGAAGGCCCUGCCCUGCCCGAGGAGGAAGACACAGCACAAGGGCACAUUGCCCAUGGCCGGGACACUACCCAGCCUGAAAGAUACAGGGGAUCAUGAUGAAAAUAGCAGUAUUAUUUUUUUCUUCUCAGUGGUAUUGUAGUUAAGUUAUUCACUCCUCCUGCUCCUCACCCUCAAAGGGAACCCCAGCACAGAGCCUUUGAGAGUAGCCACUCUGUGUGGGGUAACCAUGUUGGAUGGGGCACAGUGUCAAGGUGGUAAGGCACUGUGGAGAAGGGAGGAGGGAGAAAAGGAGAGGAAGUAGCAAAUCCUAUCCUGAUGAGCUUUUUUGUUUAUAAGGCAAAAAAGACUCAGUACGCUCUUCCUUAGAAAUGAAUGGGGAUAAAGGAGCUGCCUGUCUUGUGGGUCAGGUAGCCGGUGCCCAAUGAAGCUGCUGCUCAGUGCGGCUUCUGCGUAGCUGGUAGAGAUGCAAAGGAGAUGGGAAGGUUGGGAAGGUAACCACACCUCUGAGGACAGAGGUUGGGGUCCAGGCCCGUGGGCGCAAAGGUGCCUCAGCAUAGCCAGCAUUCAGCACACGCAAACCCACUGCCCACAUUUGGGCUCAGGGUUGGCCAUUUGCUAGUUCUGCUGCCCUCUUAAGAUCUGACUGCCAAAUAAAUCAUCCUCAUGUCCUUUUCUCUUUUAA